AUGAGGGGUAGCAAUGUCCGGGAUAAUUUUUCCCAGGGAGCCACUACCUUCUCCAAGCGCAUGGAACGCAAGCUUGCGCAGGGAGAGGUCGGAUUGCAGCCCCUCGAAGAAGAGCAGAGCAUCGCGCUCUCGAAGACUCUACAGCUGCUAAUAGGUACUUCGGAAGUUGAGCCGCAGGUAAAAGUUCCGGAUUUGGAGAAUGUCAACAACACGCGGAUCACAUACUCCAAGCAAAUCAUACAGGAGCUCUCGGAGCAGCGAUACAAGGAGAGGCUGCAAGGGGUUUCGGCGGCAAACUCUGUGCAGUAUAUCCCGUUCAGAGCGGGGUUCCUCGGUGAGCUGCACGAAAACUUCAGGACGUCAAUAUUGUCCUUGCUGGUCGCGCUGGUCGUCGACUAUAUCGCAAAAAGCAGAUACUCCGAUCAGGACUAUCUCAUAAAAUGGGGGAGUGUCAUACUGAAGCGCAUUGGCAAGCUGCUCAAGCUCUCCGAUAUGAUGCUGGACGCAAUUAUGAAGCCUGUCACCCAAUACGUCACACUCAAGCAUCUCAAUGUGGACAUCAGCGCGGUCGUUAAAAAGCAGCAACACAUAGACGAUAUCCACAAGCAGCUGGAGCAAAUGCAGCCAGAGCUGGACCGCGAAUUCAAGAAGAGCGUGGAAGAUGCGAAAAACUACCUCAACAGUCCAUUGAUGAGCAGUCGCGGUAAUAGGCGAACUGAAAAGGGGUUGUUGGGUACCAUUUCGAAAAAAAUCAACCGGGUGCUAUCGCGGGCCAUGGAGCCAAACUCGCACUCAAUCAAUAGGACCCAAAGCGAGUCAAGUGAAAUCCGUACUGAUAGCAUCGACGUCAAUGAUCGCGAUGAUGAUUCGAAUCAUGUAGGGGCUGAGGGGUUAAUUGAGGAUGACGAUUCCGAAAUUCAAACCGAUUUCAGCCUGAACGACGAGUUACUGCUGGACUCAGUUCCGGGCUGCGCGGUGUUGCUCCGCAGCCUGGUGACGGGAUACAUUACGAGCGGUUACAACGACUCCAGGGUGCAGCUGUUGUUCCAAGAGUUUUCAGCGGCCCUGGGGAUGAGCACCCAUACGGUGCUGGCACUCGAGAACCACAUCGCAGCCGAUAUCGUGAGUGCCAUACACGCGACGGCGAAUUCGGGAACUUCCAAGAAGGUCACGAGGAACAUUAAAAUAGCAGCCAUGGCGGCCGGUGGAGGUGCGCUUCUCGCAGUCAGCGCGGGGAUGGCGACACCCGCAGUGGCCGCUGGCCUUGCCGUGCUUGGCAUCGGUGGAGGUGGCGUCUCCGGUCUGUGGGCCACUACAGAGGAAGCUGAACUGCUUGCUUCUGUGUUUGGUGUAGGAUCUAACGGACUAUCAGGAUGGAAAUCCAAAAAGGAUGACGUUGCGUUCCACCACAUCAACGAACAGUCAGGGAGGUCGCUCGCCGUAUGCAUCGGAGUGUGUGGCAGCCUGGCGCCAGAGGUCGAUAUACUCGCGCUGUGGGAGGAUGCUCUGCGUGCUCCGCUCUGUGACUUCUACGCCAUGCAGUGGGAGACCACGCUGCUCAAAUCGCUGGGCAAUAUGUUUGGCGUAAUGGAAGAACAGCCAUUCGCCCAAAGUGCGUCCAUGCUGUGGCAAAAACAAACGGCAGGCGAGUACCUCGCGUGUGGAAUACAGUGGCCGCUGCCACUCAUCCACUUUGCGGAGCCCUUGGACAACACGUGGACGUUGGCGAUACAAAGGGCAAGGCAGUACGGAGCGACACUCGCCCAGGCUAUUAUGGACCGAAAUGCGGUCGGAGAAAGGCCCAUUUCCCUUGUGGGAUACAGCGUGGGUGCUAAAGUAAUUGUAUACGCGCUCCUGAAACUUAAGGAGAAGCAAAAACUUAACUUGGUCAAGGACGUUGUGCUCAUGGGACUCCCCUCAACAGCGGGCCCCGAAGAGUGGCUUCAGUGCCGGAGUGUCGUGGCAGGAAGGAUAAUUAACGUAUAUUCGAGGCACGACUGGCUCUUGGGGUACCUAUACCGCGACCUGGAUGCAGGAUUCCCAGUCGCAGGACUGAGACCAGUUGGGUCGGAAGUGGAGAACUACGAUGCCACCGAGUUUAUCAAGGGGCACCACGAAUACAUGUGCAAGAUAUCGGAGAUCCUCACUCUGGUGCACGUGGACUUGUGA